UGCACCAAGCAGGCAGACAUGACCACGGGAUAAUUACCCCUGUAAAAGGUAAGACUACGGCCACGUAGCUGCUUUUCUAGAGACUUAUAUAUAGAAGUCAUCAUAGGCUCUCAUGCAUUUAUCAUCUGGUUACUUUCAUAAGAGUCUCUUCUCCCACCACUCUUUGAACAAUAUAUCUCUAAUACUAUAUGCUCUUUUGCUUGUCAUUUUGAUUGUAUAUCCAACCUUAAGUUCCUACAAUAUGUUUUCCAUUCUACUUCAAAACCAUGUCAUUAGAUCCUCAGAACGAUCAGAUGAAAUUGGGACGAUACAGAGAAGAUCGUCACAUCCAGAUAAGAAGAGCAUCUCCCGCCAACCAAAAUCAGCUAAUUACAAACCACCCACUCCUAUCACAAAAACUGGGACUAGUACAAAGAGUGUACUCAAUGACCAGAGUUUACAGUCCACAUGGGCUCAUCGAGCAUGGAUGGUCAGUGGGUUCACCACUGUGCUGAUUUCUUUAGCAAGUUCCGCCACAGGGGCCAUAGACUCACAUACAUGGGUCGGGCCCCUUAUAGCAGGUUUCAUCGGCUACGUCUUAUCAGACUUAGUUAGUGGAAUCUUUCACUGGGCAAUUGACAAUUACGGCAGUGCCAAAACCCCUGUAUUCGGGAGACUAAUUGAUGCAUUUCAAGAUCACCAUCAAUGGCCAUGGAGUACCACCCGGUAUCAAUUUGCUAAAAAUCUGCACGAGCACGCACGUGCAGUGACUUUCACAGUCCUCCCGAUCAACCUUCUCUGUAACAACCCGACGAUUCUGGCUUUCGUGGGAGUUCUUUCGGGUUGCCUUAUGUUCAGCCUGCAGAUUCAUUCAUGGGCUCAUGGCACAAAAAGUGAGUUACCUUCAAUCGUGUUAGCACUACAAGAUGCUGGAAUAAUUCUUUCGAGGUCAAAUCACGCCGCGCAUCAUCGCCCCCCUUACAACAACAGUUAUUGCACUGUGAGUGGAUUAUGGAACCAGUAUUUGGAUAGAUAUAAGUUUUUUGAGUUGCCGGAGAUGAUUUUCUUCUAUAAAUUUAGAGUUCGGCUGCGGUCUUGGAAUGAACCAACUUCAGAAUGGACUGAAGAAACUGAGAUACUUGAAUCUCUGCCUGCUUCACAUUGAAUUCAAUUAGUCCCUGCAAGAACGGUACAAGAUCACAUGUUUUGAAGGGUUGUCUGGUAGGGUGUAUAAAAAUGGUAUUGAAUAAAGUGUGUAAGUAAUGUUGUAAUUUGUUAUGUUGUUUAUCCGUGGUUUGAUUUUUUGUAUUAAAUGGAAAGGGUGUAUUAGAAUAAGAAUAGUACUGAAUCGGGUGUAUAAGAAUGAUAUUGAUGA